CAAAAGCGUGAGUCAUUCUGUGUUUUCAACAGCAGUGCAAAUAGCAGGAGAUGGGAAGUUCCUGACUUGCCAUUGUGCUUAUUCACAUUUCUGAUUACAGUCAUGAGCAUGCAUAAGCAUCAGUUCUGUGUUUUUGAGAGGAAGAUGACAGUAUUGGUAGCUUUUAUGAUCCCUGCUGGAGAGGGACAGUACAGUCCAAGAGCCAAGUCCUGCCCAUAAAGAACAGAUGAAGACAGUGCUAACAAGUUUCAGAGCACUGGCAAAGAUCACCAUACCGUUAAAGGGUGGGUAUUGCAGGGGGCUGGCUGCUUUGUUGGAUUGGUGAUGUUUCAGACUUGUUUCCUAGCACUGGAUUGAAAAAUGAAGCCAUGUGAUUCCUUACAACACUUGGUUUCCAUGAAGAUGAUGAAGAGCCUGGGUGUGUGACUAGGGGAUCUGUGAUCCCUUAGCUUAGAGAAGGUUCAGGGAGCUCUUACUGAUGUGGAUGAAGACCUAUGGUGGGAGCAAAGCAGAUGGAAAGGGAUUGCUCUCAGUGGUGUCCAGUGACAGGACAAGAAAAAAUGGGCAUGAAUUGGAAUAAUAGACACUUCCAUUAAACAUGAGGGGUUUUUUUUCCAGUGAGGGUGAUCAGGGUUUCUCAGAUAGAUUGUGGAGUCUCCAUCUUUGGAGCUACUGAAGACCCAACUCAUGUCCUGAGCAAAACACUUUAUAAGAUGACCUAGCAGGCCUAGAUGAUCUCCAGAUGUCCUACCAACCCCCAGCGAGUCUGUCAGAGCAAGCUACAGACAUUAUAUUCCAAAAGGUCCCUUUGUUUGAAGAAGCAGCAAUUCAUAGGUUUGGAAGAUGAGAUGAUUGGUUUACCUCAUCAGUGUGCAUAAGCAUCUAAAAGGGGAUGUCAAGAGGAUGGAGCCAGGCUCUUCAACAGGCAGAAACUGAUGCACCGGAAGUUCCUCUUGAACAUGAGGAGGAACUUCUUUACUGUGCUGGUGACCACACACUGGAGCACAUUGCCCAGAGAAGUGGAGGAGUCUCCCUCACUGGAGACAUUCAAGAACCAUCUGGAUGCAAUCCUGUGCAACAUGCUCUGGGAUGAGCCAGCUUUAACAGAGAGAUUGGACCGCGUGAUUCAAUUCCAACCGGAUCCAUCCUGUGCUAUGGUUCCAGAGACCUGAACCAGAUCACUGAAGAUUUAGGGCACUGCCCUCCACUUCCUGGCGGCUGAGACAGCACCUAAACAACCCUCACUGCUCCGCAGCAGCUCCCGCUCACAGACUCCCCAUGUGCAAGUGCGCUGGCAGCUCAGCCCCCAGGUGGGAACGGGGGAAGGGGACGCCAUCCCUCCUCGUCCAAAAUCGAUGUUUCCCCUUGGAUGUGCGAGCUCCGGCCCGGCCAGCACACGCAGGUGUCGCUCCCCGCCGCUGCUCCGCCCGGAGCUCGCCGCUCCCGCCCCCCGACGGCCGCGGCCGCCCCGGCUCCGCUCCGUGCCCGCACCCGCGGCCGCUCCCUCUCUCUCCUUCCCUCGCUCGCUCCUUCCCGCGCUGCCCAUUGGAGCGGGAGCGUCACGCGGCCCAUCCAUGCCGCCCGCGCGGGCCGGGGCAGCGCGCCCGCUGCUGAUUCAUUGGCUCGGCCGGGAGCGAGCCCGCGGCGGCAUCCCCGGAGCUCCAGCCUGCCUCACUGCUCCAGCCCGCCCGCUCCGUCCUGCCUGAUCCAGCGCGCCUGAUCCAUCCCGCCUGACUGCUCCAUCCCGCCCGCUCCAGUCUGCCUGCCUGCUCCGUCCCGCCCGCUCCGUCCCGCCCGCAGCGCUGGCUCGGCUCGGCUCGCCGGGGCCAGGGCGUUCCGGGAGGGCUGCGCCUGUCGGCCGGGACGAAGCGGCGCUCCGGGAUCUGCACGGGCGGACGUGCCCGGCUCGGUGGAAUUGGGUAUUCCCCUGAAAAGAUCACAAAUUUGAACUCAAACCCUGCACACCUAGGGUACUGAGAAUUAGCAAGAAACAAGGACCCUUAAGUCAGCUUUGGAGGGAAUUGCUGCAGGUUACAAGGACAGUUUCAGACUUACACAAAACCAGAUAUACCUUUGUGGUCUCAGUGCUGGAAGCCAUGAAGUUGUGUUGCAGAUGUGGUUUGUGUUCAGUUUUGCUUUCAUUUUGAAAGUGGCAUAUUGAGCCCGUUUAUCAGCAUAGAGAAAUUUAGGUUGGAAGGGACCCCUGGUGGUCAUCUGGUCCAACCUCCUACUCAAAGCAUGUUUGACUAGCUCAGGUCUGUAUUUGCUGAGGUGCAGGAUGUCUGCCCUGAGGCUGAUCUCUAACAGGACCUCCCAGCAGGCCUUGUCCAACUCUGAUUACACCUGGGACUACGAGUACUACGAGUAUGGACCUGUGUCAUUUGAAGGCCUCAAGGCUCAUAAGUAUUCCAUUGUGAUUGGAUUUUGGGUUGGUCUUGCAGUUUUUGUCAUCUUCAUGUUUUUUGUCCUGACCCUGCUGACAAAGACAGGAGCACCACAUCAAGACAAUGCAGAGCUUUCUGAAAAAAGAUUUCACAUGAAGAGCUUUGUGGCAGAAUUUGGAAGACCUUUGGAGUCUGACAGGGUCUUUUCUCACCAAAUGGCUGAAGAAUCCCAGUCACUUUUCCAUUUCUGCAUUAAUGAAGUGGACCAUAUGAACAAAGAAAAAGAGAGCCAGAAAGGUCCAAGUCUGGAGAGUAAUACCCACUUCGAGGAGGUUCCCAAGAGCAGUGCAAUGUUUGAGGAAGACCUACAUUGUCUUACAAAAUUUAACAUUCCUAACUUUGUGAACACGGAGCAGAACUCUUCAUUAGGCGAGGAUGAUCUCCUCAUCUCAGAGCCACCAAUCAUUUUAUAAAGCAAACUGGUUGCGCAAUCUUAACAUUGGAUCCUUGACUGAAGAAUCCUUUACUUUAAGGCAAACAUCUCCAUUAUUGUCCAGUUUGAAGCCUUUCUGGGCCUUGUGCUCCUUUGACAAAAAGAAAGCAUUUCAGACCUGUGCUUUUUAUUGUAUGUAAGACUGGCUGUACUGAUAGAGCUCAGUUUAGACAAGAAGUAAGACACUGAAUGCUUUAUUCUGAUGCCUUCUGUGGUCUAAAACUUCUGCCCAGUAUUAUUUUUUUGCUUUUUGAUUUUUUUUUUUGUUUCUUGCACUGUUCUUCAUUUUUAAACAACUACUCAUGACCAGCUUCUGAAGGAUAAUAAUUCACAAGGACUGUGAAGGCUGAGCCUGGCAUUGGGAGGUCUGUGAAAAUUCAUUGGUCAAGAAAAGUGUAAAUCUCCAAGGAGACUGAAGAAAGGAAUAAACAGCCCCUGGGGAUGUUCUGUGGUUUCUGCUGCGCCCAAUAAGGAUGCCUGAAGCUGAGCACCACAAUAAAUACCUGCUUGGGACUAACUUCACUUUCUGAUCCCUAACUGCUUUUUGGUGCAGGUUAAACCCAAUUUACAAAGCUUCCAGAGGGAAUACCUUGCAAGUGAAAUUGUUUGGUUACAGUGUUUACAAAAUGCUAUCGCCACCUGCUGCUGAGUAGAACAAAUUGGUGCCUGUAAUUAUAACUCAGAAUGACACCUCAGCAGCUGCCCCUGAUGACAUAAAUUAGUAUUCUACACACAAACACAAACUGUGAUUUGACUCUUUCUUUUCUUUUUUUUUUUUUUUCCUGCUAGUUGCUGAUGUGAAAUUCCAGUUCAGUAAUUACAGGAUUCAGUAGCUAAAUCAUAGGAAAUAAGAAAAAACCUAUUUUUCUUCUGCCAAUAAAGUUACUACAUGCAAAUGGUGGUCGUAUGUUA